CUCUCCUCUUACUGUUGUACUGAAACAGGUUUAUGAUAAUGAGAAUCCCACAAGGCGCAGGAAUAAGUAGAGAGGCCAUUUUAAUCAUUCAUCCAAAAAUCAUCGGAGACGACAUUCAGUGGUCCCUCGGAAUCGAGUGAGCGGUUCUCAUCACGGUCCAGCUGGAUAUGCAGCCGCGCAGGCUGUAUGGGAGCACCGCGUCAAAGGAGUCUGACUCGGCGGAAAGUUUGACAGAGGCAUGCCGUAAAUUACACCGAGCCGGAGCGGACCCUAUUCAUUAAAAAUGUUCAGCAUUAUGUGCGAUUUCUCGCUGAUCAUCAUCGCCUGGCUAAAACUCGUUCCGUCUGUGGAGUGCUACAGCGUGCACGUCCAGGAGAAGGAAGCCGGCAUCCUGAUCCAAAGUCUGGGGCAGAAUGGGACCUGCACUCUGGAGCAGGUCAUCGCCCCCGGUUUCACCAGCACUUUGGUGGAAGCGGACACGGCGGCGGGGCUCGUGUUCGCUUCUCGCUCGCCGGAUUGCCGAGGGAUCCCCGCCAACCCGCUCACUCUCAGCACUGUUUCACGGUGCACAAGCAUCGCGCCCGGUUUCACCCACCUCGUCAUUAAUCGCUACGACGUACAUGUUCACGGCAGGCACUGCCACAAUAAACGAAAAAGCAGAACGAAGCCAGAUGCUGACAUAAUCAGUUUGCUCAGCGUCCCUGGAUACCAGAAAGCCUGCUACGGCGGCGACACUGCGCUGUUCCCCCUUGGGGAGUUGCUGCCGAACAGAGGCGGGAUGCAGUGCAGCGUGACUGCCGGUUCGGACUUCUUCGUUCGUGAUGGACAGUUUUUUCUAUCAAGGCAUCUUUGUUUGAAGCAUGGCACUCUGCUCCAAUUAGACCUCCACUGUGACAGGCGUUCAAACUCUGUGCCACAUGUUACUGUAGUGGGAGGCAUUGGAGAUAUAGAGGACUCCGAAGAUUUCACAGUGCACUGGCGAAUAGGGCUGGGAUCCUCACAUGAGGAGCAUUUGGAGGAGCUGCUGGAUACAGGGGCAGGUGUAGGUUCAGGCGGUGUAAGCAGGCAGAAGAGGAAUGUUAACACCAGUCCCCAGUUCCAACCCCCAAUCUACCAGGCAUCUGUCCCUGAGAACAAGCCAGGAGGGACACCUGUUGUGUUACUCAAGGCAGAGGAUUCAGAUGAAGGAGAGGCUGGCAGGCUGGAGUACUUCAUUGACGCCUUGUUUGACAGCCGCUCAGAACGACUUUUUGCAGUGGACCCCGAUAAUGGUGCUGUCACCACAGUAGAGGUGCUGGACCGGGAGACAAAGGACACCCACGUGUUUAGGGUGACUGCGGUGGACCACGGCAAGCCACGGCGCACAGCCGUGGCCACACUCACCAUUGUGGUGAGUGACACCAAUGACCACGACCCCGUCUUUGAACAGCAGGACUAUAAGGAGAGCAUCCGGGAAAACCUGGAGAUUGGGUACGAGGUGCUGACAGUGCGAGCCACAGACGGAGACGCUCCCAUCAACGGCAACAUCUUGUACCGUAUCCUGAACAGCGAUGGCUCCAACGAGGUGUUUGAGAUCGACCCCAGGUCGGGGGUGAUCCGCACUAAAGGCUCCGUUGAUCGCGAGCAGGUGGAGGCGUACACUCUUUUGGUCGAGGCCGACGACCAGGGCCGCGACCCUGGGCCACGGAGUGCCACGGCAACUGUCCGCAUCUCCGUAGAGGACGACAAUGACAAUGCCCCCCAAUUCAGUGAGAAGCGAUACGUAGUGCAGGUCCCUGAGAAUAUACCAGCUAACACCGAGAUUCUACAGGUGAGCGCCAUGGACCGUGACCGCGGCAGCAACGCAGUAGUGCACUAUAGCAUCAUGAGUGGAAACACCAGAGGCCAGUUCUACAUUGACGCACAGACAGGAAAGAUGGAUGUGGUGGGCCAGCUGGACUAUGAGACCAACAAGGAGUAUACGCUACGCAUCAGGGCUCAAGACGGCGGCCGCCCACCACUCUCCAACAUCAGUGGGCUUGUGACCGUGCAAGUGCUGGACGUCAAUGACAACGCUCCAAUUUUCGUUAGCACACCAUUUCAGGCAUCUGUUUUGGAGAACGUUCCAGCUGGCUACUCUGUUAUCCACAUCCAAGCCAUCGAUGCUGACUCAGGUGAGAACUCAAGGCUCGAGUACCUCCUCAUCGAGACGAUGCCAGGAUUCCCAUUCUCCAUUAACAACAGCACAGGCUGGAUCAUGGUCUCGGAUGACCUGGACCGGGAGAGGGUUGACUUCUACAACUUUGCCGUUGAGGCCCGUGAUCAUGGCUCCCCUCCAAUGUCUUCAACAGCUAGUGUGACCAUGACUGUCUUGGAUGUGAAUGACAACAAGCCAGAGUUCACUCAAAGAGCUUAUUAUCUGCGACUAAAUGAGGACGCAGCUGUGGGUACAAGUGUUGUCAUGGUGUCUGCCGUGGACCGGGACGUCAAUAGCGUGGUCACGUACCAGAUAUCUGGCGGGAACACUCGUAACCGCUUUGCAAUCACCAGCCAGAGUGGUGGUGCCUUGAUCUCCUUGGCACUGCCAUUGGACUACAAGUUGGAGCGGCAGUACGUCCUGAGCGUCACAGCCUCUGAUGGGAUGCUCUUCGACACCGGCCAAGUGUACAUCAACAUCACUGACGCUAAUACGCACCGGCCAGUCUUUCAGAGCUCCCACUACACCGUAAACAUCAACGAGAACAUGCCUGUCGGCACCACAGUCGUCAUGAUCAGCGCCACCGAUGAGGACACAGGGGAAAACUCGCGGAUCACCUAUGUUAUGGAGGACAGCAUUCCCCAGUUUAGCAUUCACCCGGCAACUGGAGCAGUCACUACUCAGAUGGAACUAGACUAUGAGGAUCAGGUCUCUUACACUCUAGCCAUCACGGCUCAGGACAACGGCAUCCCGCAGAAGUCUGACACAACAUACCUUGAGAUUUCGGUGAUUGACGUGAAUGACAACUCUCCCCAGUUUCUACAAGAUCAGUACCAGGGUUCCAUCACGGAGGAUGUACCGGUGUACACGAGCGUGGUGCAGGUGUCUGCCACUGACCGUGACUCUGGGCUCAACGGGCGAGUGCUCUAUACUUUCCAGGGGGGUGACGAUGGUGACGGUGACUUCAUUAUUGAGUCAACCUCGGGGAUCGUGCGUACUCUACGGCGUCUGGACCGAGAGAACGUGCCCAAGUACGACCUGCGGGCCUUUGCUGUGGACAAAGGCUUCCCAGCCCUCAAGACGCCCGUGGACAUUCAGGUGACAGUUCUGGAUGUGAAUGACAACCCACCGGUGUUCGAGAAAGAUGAGUUUGACAUUCUAGUGGAGGAGAACAGCCCCAUUGGCCUGGUAGUGGCCCACAUCUCAGCCUCUGACCCAGAUGAAGGGAGCAAUGCUCAGAUCAUGUAUCAGAUUGUGGAGGGCAACAUCCCAGAAGUCUUCCAGCUGGACAUCUUCUCUGGGGAGCUGACAGCCUUGAUGGACUUGGAUUACGAGGCACACUCUGAGUAUGUUAUUGUAGUUCAGGCCACUUCAGCGCCCCUGGUCAGCCGGGCCACUGUGCACAUCAAGCUGAUCGACAAGAAUGACAAUCCGCCCGUGCUCAAGAACUUCCAGAUCAUCUUCAACCAUUACGUCACUAAUAAGUCCAGCAGCUUUCCCUCAGGGGCCAUCGGCCACAUUCCCGCUCACGACCCCGAUGUAUUGGACCGGCUCCAUUACAGGUUUGAAGCCGGCAAUGAGCUGAACCUCGUCAUCCUCAACCAGAGCACCGGAGAGCUUCGACUCAGCCAUGACCUGAAUAGCAAUAGGCCAUUGGAGGCUUCCAUGAAGAUCUCAGUGUCAGAUGGGGUCCAUGCGGUGUCAGCACAGUGCCUCCUCAAGGUCACCAUCAUCACAGAUGAGAUGCUGACCAACAGCAUCACGCUGCGCCUGGCCAACACGUCGCAGGAGCUCUUCCUGUCUCUCCUGCUGGCCCGCUUCCUGGACAGCGUGGCCCACGUGCUGUCGGCCUCGCGCCACGACGUGGUGGUCUUCAACGUGCAAGACGACACAGACGUACGCGCCGGUAUCCUCAACGUCAGCCUGUCGGCGACGGCGGGGGGGCGACGCGCCGGCUUCCUGGGCUCUGAGGAGCUGCAGGAGCGCCUGUACCUGAACCGCAGCCUCCUGGCUCGUCUCUCAUCCCAGCACGUGCUUCCCUUCGACGACAACAUUUGCCUGCGCGAGCCCUGCCAGAACUACAUGAAGUGUGUCUCUGUGCUGAAGUUCGACAGCCUGGCGCCCUUCGUGGCCUCCGACGCCGUGCUCUUCCGGCCGAUCCAGCCCGUGGCGGGGCUCCGCUGCCGGUGCCCGCGCGGCUUCACCGGCGACUACUGCGAGACGGAGAUCGACCUGUGCUACUCACAGCCCUGUGGGGAACACGGCGUGUGCCACAGUUUCGAGGGGGGCUUCACCUGCCAAUGUCACGAGGGCCACACCGGCGGGAGGUGCGAGCUGUCGUCCCACUCGGGCCGCUGUGUCCCCGGAGUGUGCAAGAACGGGGGCUCCUGUGUCAACCUGCUGGUGGGCGGCUUCCGCUGCGAGUGCCCCCCCGGGGCCUACGACAAGCCCUUCUGCCAGAUGUCGGCCCGUGGAUUCCCCCCCCAGUCCUUCGUCACCUUCAGGGGCCUCCGUCAGCGCUUCCACUUCACCAUCUCGUUGACGUUUGCCACCGUGGAAAAGGAAGGGCUGCUUCUCUAUAAUGGCCGCUUCAACGAGAAGCACGACUUCGUCGCCAUGGAGAUCGUUGAUGGGCAGGUCCAGAUGACCUUCUCCGCAGGAGAGACCAAGACGACAGUCUCGCCUUUUAUCCAGGGGGGUGUAAGUGAUGGCCAGUGGCACGUGGUGCAAAUCCACUACUACAACAAGCCAGUUCUAAGUCAGGCCGGACUCCCGCAGGGCCCCUCCGAGCAGAAGAUCGCCGUGGUGACAGUGGACGACUGCGACACGUCUGUCGCUCUGAAGUUUGGUCACAUGAUCGGAAACUACUCCUGUGCUGCCCAGGGCAGCCAGUCGGGGUCCAAAAAGUCCCUGGACCUGACAGGGCCCCUGCUCCUGGGGGGUGUACCCAGACUCCCGGAGGACUUCCCUGUCCGGAACCGGCAGUUUGUGGGCUGCAUGAAGGACCUGCAGAUUGACCGGCAGCUCGUGGACAUGGCCGGCUACAUCGCUAACAAUGGUACCGUGCCAGGGUGCCCCUCAAAAAGGGAGUUCUGCAGCAAAAACCCCUGUCUGAACGGGGGCACAUGUGUGAAUCAGUGGGCCUCCUUUGUGUGUCGCUGCCCCCUGGGGUUUGGAGGUCCGAACUGCGAGAGAGAAAUGGGCGGUCCCCAGCGUUUCCAGGGAAACGGCCUGAUGCAGUGGAGUAACCUGGAGGCGGUUGCCGCGGCGCCCUGGUGUGCAGAGAUGAUGUUCCGCAGCAGGCAGGCCAGCGGCACCUUGCUCUGGGCAGCGGCCGCACAGCACUACAGCAUCUCACUGCAUCUCCGGGACGGCUAUGUGACAGUGGUCCUGCAGAGAGGCGAGGACUCCUUCCUUUCCUGCCUGGACGCGUGGAGGGCAGACGAUGGAGAGUGGCACCACCUGCAGGUGGAGAUACGUGGGGGGGGCACGGCUGCCCCCUACCAGGCCAUCAUGUCCCUCGACUAUGGGCUGAACAUGGCCAGCAUGGACCUGGACAGCAAGCUGAGGGGCCUGAAGCUCAAGACCCUGAGUGUGGGAGGUGUCCCAGCUCUCGAUGGAACGGUGCAGCACGGUUUUCGCGGCUGCCUGCAGGGCCUGCGUAUGGGGGAGACUCCCUCCAGUGCUGUGAGUCUCAGCUUCUCCAGGGCCAGGCGGCUCAACGCGCAGCGUGGGUGUGACCUUCCGGACCCCUGCCACUCCAACCCCUGUCCUGCCAACAGCGACUGCAAAACCAAGUGGGAUGGCUACACCUGUACCUGCCGCCCAGGUUACUAUGGUGAUCGCUGUACAGACGUCUGUUUUCUGAAUCCAUGUGAGAACCAGUCGAUAUGCGUGAGGAAACCAGACACGGCCCGUGGGUUUGCCUGUCACUGUCCCAGCAACUACUUUGGCCAGUACUGCGAGACCAGGAUCGACCAGCCAUGCCCACGGGGAUGGUGGGGGCACAGCACUUGCGGGCCGUGCUCCUGCCGACCGGACCAAGGCUUCCACGCUGAUUGCAACAAGACAAACGGAGAGUGUCGCUGCAAGGACAAUCACUACCGGCCCGUGGGCAGCGCCUCCUGCCUGCGCUGUGAUUGCUAUGCGGUGGGCUCCCUUUCCCGUGCCUGUGAUCCUCUGUCGGGACAGUGCCCCUGCAAGCCAGGCGUGAUGGGGCGCCGCUGCGACCGCUGCGACAACCCCUUCGCUGAAGUGUCGGCCACCGGCUGUGAGGUCAUCUACGACAGCUGUCCCCAGACCAUGGAGGCCGACGUCUGGUGGCCCAGGACGAGGUUCGGCCUGCCGGCCGCUGUCUCCUGCCCUAAGGGCUCCAUCGGCACGGCCAUACGGCACUGUGACGAACAUCAGGGCUGGCUGCCCCCGGAUCUGUUCAACUGCACCUCCCUCACCUUCUCCAGCCUCAAGGCCGCGUCAGAUGAGCUGUCCCGCGACCCCUCCCUCCUGGACACGGCCCGGGCGCGUCAGAUGGCAGCAGCGCUGUGGAACGCCAGCGAGAACACGGCGCAGUAUUACGGCGGAGACGUGCAACUGGCCUACAGCCUGACGCUUAACCUGCUGCGGCGUGAGAGGGGUCAGCGUGGCUUCAGACUGGCCGCAACGCAGGACGUCAGCUUCACUGAGAACCUGGUGAGUGUGGGCAGCUCCAUCCUGGCCCCUGUCACAUGGCCUCACUGGGAGAUGAUCCAGCGCACAGAAGGGGCCACGGCAUCACUGCUGCGCGCCUACGAGGAGUACGCAAACACUCUGGCGCAGAACAUGAGGAGGACCUACCUCAGGCCCUUCACUGUGGUCACGCCCAACAUCGUCCUCUCGGUGGAUCGUCUGGACAAAGACGACUUCUCCGGUGCGCGUCUCCCUCGCUAUGGGGCCCUCGGGGGGAUGCAGCCCACAGACCCUGACACCUCAGUCACGCUGCCGGACAUGGUGUUCAUCAAGGACCCCGCGGCUGCCAGAGACAGACCCCUGGAUGGCGCGGCGGGCCGCGGGCGCAGGCAUCCCGGCGGGGGAGCACGGGAGGCGGUGGCGAGCGUCAUCAUCUUCCACAGCCUGGCCUCCCUGCUGCCUGCACGCUAUGACCCAGACAAGAGAAGCCUGAGGGUUCCAAAGCGGCCUGUCAUCAACACCCCCGUGGUCAGCAUCAUGGUGCACGAUGAUGACGAGCCAUUUCACAGGCCCGUCAUCGUGCAUUUCCGGCUGAGCCGCACCGAGGAGCGCGCCAAACCGGUCUGCGUCUUUUGGAACCACUCCCUCCUGGCUGCUGGAGAUGCGGGCGGCUGGUCUGCGAAGGGCUGUGAGCUGGUCUUCCGCAAUUACACGCACAUCAGCUGCCGGUGCAGUCACAUGACCAGCUUCGCCGUGCUCAUGGACGUCUCUCAGCGGGAGAACGGCGAGAUCCUGCCGGCCAAGUUCGUGACCUGGGGCAGCGUUGGGGUGACUCUGACCUUCCUCCUGCUCACCAUCCUCCUCCUCGGCUGCUUCCGCACGGUGCGCAGCAACCGGAGCAACAUCGCCUGCAACGGCACUGCCGCGCUCCUGCUCUCCGAGCUCCUCUUCGUCCUCGGCAUAAACCAGGCUGACAGCCCGGUCCUGUGCACGGGGAUCGCCAUCCUCCUGCACUUCCUGUACACGUGCACCUUUGCCUGGCUCUUCCUGGAGAGCCUGCACACGUACCGCAUGCUGAGCGAGGCGCGCGAUGUGAACCACGGCCCCAUGCGCUUCUACUACGUGAUCGGAUGGGGUAUCCCCGCUUUCGUCACAGGGCUGUCGGUGGGCCUGGACCCAGAGGGGCACGGAAACCCGGAUUUCUGCUGGCUCUCUGUCUAUGACACGCUAAUCUGGAGCUUCGCUGGACCCGUGAUCCUAGCUGUGUCCGCCUCCCACGCGAUUCACCGGCUCAGCCUGGAGAAGAAAGGCCCAGUGUUGGGGCUGCGAACAGCAUGCAUCGCUCUCUUGCUUGUCACGGUCACCUGCCUGCUGGCCUUGCUGUCAGUAAACAGCGAAUCCCUAAUCCUGCACUACCUGUUUGCCGUGUUCAACUGCGUGCAGGGCCCCUUUAUCUUCUUCUUCCGCAUCGUCUUUGACAAGGAGGCCCGGCGGGCCAUGCGCUGCUGUGGGCACAAACACAAAGACAUGAUGAGCUCCAAGUCCUUGGCCUCGUCCUGUAACUACAGCGCCCCCUACCUGGACAGCCGGCUAUACCAGCCUCCCUUUGGCGACUCCAGGAUGUCCCACAAUGGCACGGUGCCCUCCGGGAAGAGCCAGCUGAGCUAUGCCCCUUUCCUCUUCCGGGACGACCGCGGCCUGAACGUGCGCCAAGGCCACCUUCCGCUGACUGACCGCAGCUCCCUGCUCCGCGAGCCCGAGGACCACGCUGACGGUCACGCCUCCGACUCGGACAGCGAGGCGUCCCUGGAGGACGACCGGAGCGGCUCCUUCGCUUCCUCCCGCUCCUCGGACAGUGAGGGGGAGGGACCCUAUCCUGCUCAGGCAUGCUGGGAGAACAACAUGGCUGUCCUCAGUGCCAGCUGGCUCGUUCAGCAUGAAGCCAUCAAAGAUAAUCAGCAUGGGCUGAGUGACGCUGAGUGCUUGUGGAGCUCAGAGCGGUUGGAAGUGGAGUCACUGAGUAACCCCCACCCAGCCUACCCCCGCACCGGCAGACAGCUGCUGGAGGAGGGGCCUGAGGACAGGGGGGCGGAGCAUGGGCGGGGCAACAUGCAGCUGUUCCUGCAGGGGGCGUACCCCCAGAGAGGGAUCCUGAAGAGGAAGCCGCUGUCCCCCAUUGUGGAGAGGAACAGCCUGAUCAUCACCCACGACAUGCUGUCUCCCAGGACCCCGUGCCCAGCCCCCGCCUCCUCCAGGAGCUCUUCCAGCGAUGGCCGCAGGGGGGGAGGCGUCGGCAGCCCGCAGGAGCUUUCCGGCGGGGUCUCUCUGGCUCCUGUGGCCAUGAGCAUCAAAGCAGGGACAGUCGAUGGGGACUCCUCAGGAUCCGAGUCCUAGAGGUCUGCGGUGCUGGCCAUGCCCUACUUCCUGUCUGGGACAGGAAGUCACAAGGAGGGUCCGGACGUUGCCACGUUGGAAAUGCGGGAGCCCACAUCUUGUUUGCCUGUUUACGGCCUUGCACCUGAGGAACACCAUUAAACAAAGUGAUUCAUUUUUUUCGUGAAAGGAAAACGUGGCCCUGUUGAGAUACGUCAGCGAACAAUGGAACCUAGUGCCUGUGUACAGUGUCACGUGGAGCUGGGUGUUCUGUUAGCCUGUCAGCAUAGUAAAUGGAUCUGCUGUGGAAGACCUUGCGUCGCCAGGCGGGGAUGAGGAAACACCCCCGUGUUAUGCUGGCUCUCCAUGUUUUUGUCGUACAUAUUUCUGCAAGCUGAUUUUCCAUUACUGCUUUGAAUCUUCUCUUUUUUCCAACAUUUUAAUGUGAUUUUUAAAAAAUAUUUAACCCAGGCAUACAGCAUUUUGGCAGAAAUUUAAAGAGCUCUUUAUACCGUAUUUCUGUUUUUGUACAUUUAUGUACCACCUGUGCUGAAAAUGUUCAUCACAGUCUGGAAAAUACACUUAAUAGUGAGCUGCAGCUCCUCAGUUGCCGCGUGUCGCUGGAGCCAGAGCCCUGGGAAGUCCAGCCUGCUCCGGCUUUGAUGCACAGGCAGGCGCUGAGGAGUCUAACAACAUGGAUUUGUGACUGUAAGGUUGUAUGCCUGAAAUCUCUCUACUGAAAUAUUCAGUUGCCUAAAUGGGUAAAAAAUGGGGGUGGGAGAGCAAUGCAACAUUUUAACUGGCUUUGGGAGGUCACAUGACUGAGCUCCUUUCCAAUCACAUAUCAUGUAAUUCAAGGCAGCCGGUGAAAUGUAUUAAAACUUCAAUUUAACUGCACACUGUAGACUGGAAGGAUCCAUUGACAGGAAGAAUGGCAGCACACUUUUUAGUUUUUUGGAAUAAUCUGGAAUAAUUGGAGGUUCGUGGCCUUUUAUGUGGUGAGCACAGCUAUGUAUCAAGAACAGAUCUCUUUUGAUAAGAGCGACAGAUAUCUGAGCUGGGAUGUACCAGUAAGUGUGAGAUAGCUGUCUGCUUGAUUUCUCUAGUUUUUGACUAUGUGUAAGAUCUUUGUACAAAUGUUGAACGGAGGAGAGUAGCAUCACAUCUUUACAUUAUCAUUUUAUUCCUCCCAAUCUCUUUCACCUACUAAGAGAAGCUUCACCAGAUGAUAAAUGACCAAACAUGGUCUCGGUCCCCUAGUGGACAUUUAUUUCCAGAAGGUCAAGAUCUCAAACUCCCCGAAAUAUCUUCAUCAUUCUUCCUGCUAUCUGAAGGAUUUAGACUUAAGCAAAAACUAGAUUCAUUUAAGCAGCCACAGUAUUAAUCACAUAAAUGCCUCCAGAGCCUUUAAAAUCCAAUAUUAUUUAUUGCUGUACAUAAUAUUUCUCACAAAUGGACAUAAACGUAUAAACUAAAACCAA